AUGACCGUUUCUUCUUCUGAUAAAUUCGCUACCAAAGCCAUUCACGCCGGUGCUCACACCGAUGUGCAUGGAUCGGUGAUUGAACCAAUUUCGUUGUCGACCACUUUCAAACAACAUGCUCCAGCUCAGCCUGUGGGUCAAUACGAAUACUCGCGUUCUCAAAACCCUAACCGUAAAAACCUCGAAGACGCCGUGGCAGCAUUGGAAAAUGCUAAAUACGGUCUAGCCUUCUCAUCGGGUUCUGCUACCACGGCUGUCAUUUUGCAAUCUUUGCCCCAGGGAUCCCACGCGGUCUCGAUUGGCGACGUUUACGGUGGUACCCACCGUUAUUUCACCAAAGUCGCCAAUGCCCACGGCGUGGAAACUACUUUCACCAACGACUUGGUCAAAGAACUGCCCCAAUUGGUCAAGGACAACACCAAACUGGUGUGGAUUGAGUCUCCAACAAACCCAACGCUAAAGGUCACCGAUAUCGCUCUUGUUAGCGAGACCGUGCGCAAAAUCGACCCUGAGAUCUUGCUUGUCGUCGACAACACGUUUUUGUCGCCUUAUUUGUCGAACCCGCUGGAUUUCGGCGCCGACGUGGUGGUCCACUCCGCCACCAAGUACAUCAACGGCCAUUCCGACGUGGUAAUGGGUGUUUUGGCCACCAACAACGAAUCGCUGCACCAAAAACUGCAAUUUCUACAAAACGCCAUUGGUGCCAUUCCUUCGCCAUUCGACGCCUGGUUGGCCCACAGAGGUUUGAAGACCUUGCACUUGCGUGUCAGACAAGCCUCUCUAUCUGCUGCCAAGGUCGCCCAAUUCCUGGCGGACAGCAGCUCUGUUGAGUCCGUGAACUACCCAGGUUUGCCAACACACCCCAACUACGACGUGGUCAAGAAACAGCACCGCGAUGCUUUGGGUGGUGGUAUGAUCUCGUUCAGAAUCAAGGGCGGUGCCGAAGCAGCCGCCAAAUUCUCUUCCUCCACCAGACUGUUCACAUUGGCCGAAUCUCUUGGAGGCAUCGAAUCUCUCUUGGAAGUUCCAGCCGUUAUGACCCACGGCGGCAUCCCACAGGACCAGAGAGAAGCCAGCGGCGUUUUCGACAACCUCGUCAGACUUUCCGUCGGUAUCGAGGACACCGAUGACUUGCUCGACGACAUCAAGUCUGCUAUCGAAAAGGCUGCGAAAUGA